AUGCGCACCACGCAGUCCCCGGAGCUAGAGCGCGACCGCCGCCGCUUCCUGUGGUACUCUGCCUACGCCUGGGGCUGCACUGCUGCCAUCUGCGCGGCCGCCGUUGUUGCCGAGUUCUCACCCGCCGUGCCCGAAGACUCGCCCUUCAAGCCCAACAUCAAUAAGGGCACCUGCUGGUUCACAGGGAAGCCGGCGACGCUGCUGUACUUCUACGGACCGAUGGCGCUGCUGCUGGUGUCCAACCUGUGCCUGUUCGUGUACACGGCGGGCCGCAUCUACGUGGCACAGCGCGGCUCCGACAUCCUGCGAAAGCCGGGCAGCCAGCGACACCACGGGGGCAGCAAGAGGCGCCAGCAGCAGGAGCAGCAGAAGGAACUGGGGCCGGAGCAGGCGCGCAGGGAGCAGCGCAAGGACCGCGGGAGGCUUUCGCUGUACCUCAAACUGUUCGGUCUAACGGGCGUAACGUGGCUGAUGGAGAUCGUGUCGUGGGCAGUGGGCGGACCUGCCUACGUGUGGAUCGUGACUGACCUGGUGAACGUGAUGCGGCCGGCGUUCAUCUUCUACAUCUUCUGCUGCAACCGCACCGUCGUGAGGCAGCUCCGCAGCAAGCUACCCAGCAGCUGGCCCUGCGCACUUGCGCCCUCCAAAGAGAGAGGCGCGCAGUGACGGGGGAUGGUGACGGCUGGCUGGUUGACAGGUAACGAACGAUAGUGUCCGCUCUGGGGGCGGCAGCAGCAGCGGCGCCCAUUCCAGACCCACCGGCACCGCC